AUGUUACUCACCGUCCCGUGGAAGAAUGCCGAUGGCGUCGAUAACGUCAGUGGCGUCUCUUUGGGAAUUGCAUUGACCAGAUUCUUUUCUCGCUGGCCUGUGUGGUCCAAGAACAUCAUCGUAGUGUUUCCCGAGAACCCCGGAGGAGCGCUGAGAUCAUGGGUGGAAGCUUAUCACAGUUCGUUGGAUCUGACGGGUGGCUCAAUCGAGGCAGCGAUUGUUUUGGAUUAUCCUGGGGUGAAUGACUAUUUCGAUCACGUAGAGGUCACCUACGAGGGCCUCAACGGCGAGCUACCCAAUUUGGACUUGGUUAACAUAGCUGUGUCUAUUGCCGAGCACGAAGGCAUGAAAGUGUCCCUACAUGGUGUACCGUGCGAUAAAAUCGCCGAGAACAACUUCUGGUCCAGGCUUUUAGUUUUGGCCUUGGGAAUCAAGAAUGGUGCGUUGGCAGGGUUGCGCAGAAUAAAUGGCAACGAAGCCUUCAGCGGCUGGAGAAUUCAGUCGGUGACCUUGAGGGCUCACGGAACAAGCGGUGCUCACGAUGUGACCACUUUUGGCCGUAUUCCGGAAGCUAUGUUCAGAUCUAUCAACAACCUACUUGAAAAAUUCCACCAAUCAUUCUUCUUCUACAUUUUACUUGCCCCACGCUAUUUUGUUUCCAUCAGCAGCUACCUGCCCUGUGCCGUUGUGCUUUCAGUAUCCUUUGCAAUCGCGUCUUUGGACACUGUGAUCAAUAAUCGGUACAAGACGCUCCCUCUGUCAUCGAAGUAUAACCUAUUGGGACUACUCAUAUGGUCUGCAUCGCUAUUUUUAUCUUUCGCAGUAGCCCAGCUUUUCCUCAGACACCCUUCGCCUCAAGCUUUACUGCUAACAAGCUUUCUAAUCCCCUUCGGGCCAUCCUUAGUCAAAGGAACAUUUACCAUCGCAGAUCCCCUUUCCUACAGACUCAAGACCAUUGCAUUCCUCUAUUUCAGUCUCGUACUCACAUCCCUGCUCAUGGUGAACUUCCCAUUAGCUUUUGCUAUGAGCAUUGUCGCAUUUCCCAUGACAUUUGUCAAAAAGUUGCCAACUGGACAACAAAGCGUCCGUGCCAGAACAAAAAAUGUCUUUCUACUACUACUAUCCAAUCCCUUCAUUGCAUUUUGGCUCAUUUGUAACUGGGUUGAACCUGAUUUGCAGGGUUUCGAACUGUUUUCGCGGUUGGUCGCUGCCUGGAACGACCUCAAUUGUUGGACUUGGUUCGUCAUUUGCCUCGGCUGGCUGCCAAGCUGGCUGCUGCUGACACUGUCAACCCUCGAUACGCACACAGACCCCCAAUCAAGCCCAGAAAAGAAGACAGCGUGA